AUGGCCUUCCCAUAUCCAAACCCAAAUCCAACGCUGCUAGUAGACGACUCCGACGACGACUCGGCGAUUGGAGACGACGUUGUUGACUCUACUUGCUCUUCACUGUCUGACAGUGUGACGGCGUCUCUCUCCGAGAACGGCCGAACGUACCACUCCUAUUGCGAUGGUGCCUAUCUAUUCCCCAACGACGAAGAAGAGCAGCAGAGACUGGAUUUGCAACAUGCCAUGUUCACUAGGCUAUUGGGUAGUCGACUAUAUCUUGCUCCCAUCUCACGCCCAGACCACGUCCUGGACCUUGGUACCGGCACGGGGAUAUGGGCCAUCGAUUUCGCAGACUUGCAUCCGGAAUCAAUCGUUCGGGGAGUUGAUCUAAGCCCGAUUCAGCCUAACUGGGUGCCGCCGAACUGCUCCUUCGAGAUUUUCAACUAUAAGGAGACAUGGGAGUUUAACCACCAAUUUGACUUUGUCUGUGCCCGGGAGAUAUGGACCUCCAUCACGUCGCCCUCCAACGCACUCUUUCAACAAGUGUGGGACAAUUUGACGCCCGGGGGCUGGUUCGAAAUGCAGGACAUUGUGCUACCAAGGUCCGACGAUGGCACGAUUCCUGAGGGCGGCUCCUACCACACAUGGAUUAAGGACUACCAUACGGCACUGAGAGCAGCAGGCCGCAAUCCCGAUAUCGCCGAGGAAUACGAACACCGACUCCACUCGGUCGGCUUCACGGACGUUCACAAGGUUGUCUUCAAGUUGCCCCAGAACAAGUGGCCCAAGUUCAAGUCCCUGAAGUUGUUGGGGACCUAUCAGCAUGAGAAUACCCUACGUGGACUCGAAGCAUGGUCUCUGCGACUCUUCACCCAGUAUCUGGAGCGCCCCGUCUCGGCCGUGCAGGAGCAGCUCGAAGGAGUCGAAAAGGACAUUGGAAAAACGGGCAUUCAUGCAUACUGGCCGGUAGUCGUCGUGUAUGCCCAGAAGCCAUGGUGA